CAGAAAUAAAUAUUCAAAGUAAAUAUUAUUAUAAGUGGUUGGCCUGUUGGGUGCGCUUUGUAUAUACAUUUAUAUGUAUAAAAUAAAUAAUAAAGAUAGUCGUUUUAGCGUUGUAGUCUAAAUCAUCACUUUGACCAGUACAGUGUAAGCCAACCAGCUGAGGAUAUCAUUGUAGAAAAUGUUUUUCAAAUACGCAUUUCUGCUAGUGGCGAUAGUCCUAUCUAUGCUGCAAGUCACACUGUCAGCUCCCCAAAGGGUGCAAAUAGACAGAGCCGCAGGACCGCUGCCUGAUGGAAGAGGGAGAUACCCUGACAACAGAGGAUAUUCGGUAGAAAGGGCUGCGGGUCCUCUGCCUGAUGGCAGAUAUAAUGGAGGAAGGAUACCAAAUGGUACCCCUGUCGACGUCGUGCCUGCAAGAGACGUCGGAAGGAGAGGGUUUUCCGUUGACCCAGUCUACGAAUAUGGGAAGAAGUAGGAUAGUGUUUUGUGAAACGAUUGUAAAACAAAAUGUGUCUUUCAUUGAAUGUGAAUAAAUUUUAUUUAUAUUAAAUUCACUGCUUAAGUGGACCCUAAAAAAGGAAUAUUUUGGAAA